AGCUAAACUGUAACUGCUAAACACGAGAGGAUCCUUGUACAGUGUGUUUCAGAUUAUUCAGGUACAGUUUUUUUCAAUACAAACAUCGGUUUACAUAUACAGCUAUGCUUGAGGAAAGUAUGGACAAGCCACACAUAGUUACGUGCACCGCUCCUGUGAAUAUAGCUGUCAUCAAAUACUGGGGGAAGAGAAAUGAAGAAUUAAUUCUACCCAUUAACUCAUCUCUGAGCGUCACAUUGCAUCAAGACCAGCUGAAAACAACCACAACAGUUGCAUCCAGCAGAUCAUUUCAGGAAGAUCAAAUAUGGCUCAAUGGCAAAGAGGAGGACAUAACUCAUCCAAGACUACAGUCCUGUCUUAGAGAGAUUCGACGAUUAGCAAGGAAGAGACGUAAUGACGGGGACUCCGGUUUGGAUUCGACUGGUUUGUCUCACAAGGUCCACAUCUGCUCUGUUAAUAACUUCCCCACUGCUGCCGGGCUCGCCUCCUCAGCUGCUGGAUUCGCUUGUCUAGUCUCCUCUGCUCUUGCAGUUUACACUCUGGCCCGGGUGUUUGGCGUAGAGGGGGAGUUGUCUGGGAUUGCUCGGCAAGGCUCAGGCAGCGCAUGCCGGAGUAUGUAUGGAGGGUUUGUCCAGUGGAUAAUGGGACAGAAAGAUGAUGGCAAGGACAGUCUAGCCCAGCAGGUGGAGCCAGAGACUCAUUGGCCUGAGCUCAGAAUCCUUGUACUAGUGGCCAGUGCUGAGAGGAAGCCAGUGGGCAGCACCUCUGGGAUGCAAACCAGUGUACAAACAAGCUGUCUCUUAAAGCACCGGGCUGAGUCUGUCGCCCCAGGCCGGAUGGUAGAGAUGAUUGAAGCGGUGCGAAGAAAGAACUUUGCUGCAUUUGCUGAACUAACGAUGAAGGACAGUAACCAGUUCCAUGCCACCUGCCUUGACACAUACCCUCCUAUCUUCUACCUCAGCAGUGUGUCUCAACAGGUUAUCACUUUGGUGCAUCGGUAUAACAGCUACUACGGGGAGACAAGGUUGGCCUACACAUUUGAUGCAGGACCCAACGCUGUGAUUUUCACUCUACAGCAGCAUGUUCCUGAGUUUGUUCAGGUGGUUCAGCAUUUCUUCCCCCCAGAGACUAACGGAGGACAGUUUAUUAAGGGUCUUCCAGUUAACUGUACCGAUCUUCCUGAGGAGCUGAAACAGGCUAUUGGUCUAGAGCCCAUGCCAAAGGGAAUAAGCUACGUUAUUAGUACCAAGGCUGGACCAGGUCCUUGUGUUGUGGAGGAUCCCACUCAGCAUCUACUUGAAUCUGAUGGGUGGCCUAAGAAAACUGAGUGAUGCCCUGCAGCCCUAAACGGACUAAGUUCCACAGAGCAAUAACGAAGCCAAUUCAGCAGAGAUAACAAUUUGCAUUAGUCAUACUGUGUGUAACUAGGUAAUGCUAAUAUGUCUUUCUUUAAUUAUCAAACUGCACUGGCGUGUCUCUCCUCAUCUCUUUAUCGCCCAUGUAUGCUCUUGUAUAGCUCUCUACAUUUCUCAGUAUCUACAGGCUUUGAGCAAUGCACCUUGAGCAAUGCACAGAACCAUAAAUACAGUUCACCACUGCAGCAGACCUUGUGCUCUCUGACCUGAGCAAAUGCUUGUGUCUAUGAGGCUUUGAAUUUAUGAAUGUGUCCGUGUGUGUAAGGAGGGUGUUAUAAUUGUGGUCACAUUGUUCUCAUUUUCAUCUUGUUAAAACAUCAUUUCAGACUGAAGUUAUGUCAACAUUAAAUAAAAUAUAUUUUUACUCAA